AUGACAGAGGACAAAUGGCGGGCGGCCAAGUUUGUCUUUGCAGGAGGGCUGGCCGGCGCCGUCAGCCGCACCGCGACGGCGCCCGUCGACAGGCUGAAGAUGCUGCUGCAGGUGCAGGAGUCGCAGCACCUCACGCUGCGGCAGGGUCUGAAGAUCAUGGCGUCGGAAGGCAGCUUACGGGCAUAUUUCAAGGGGAACGGGACCAACGCGCUGAAGAUCGCGCCCGAGACCAGCAUCAAGCUGACGUUGAACGACUGGCUGAAGCACCAUAUCGGCAAGGACCACCGGGACAUAUCGCCCUGGGAGAGGGUGGCCUGCGGCGGCUUGUCGGGGGCGGUCGGGCAGGGGCUGGUGUACCCCCUCGACACCGUGCGCACGCGGCUGGCGGUCUGCCACACGGACGAGUACGCCGGGAUCUGGCAGACGGCCGUGCGGCUCGCGCGCAACGAGGGCUUCGCGGCAUUCUACCGCGGCCUCGUGCCGUCCAUGUGCGGCAUCCUGCCGUACGCCGGCACCGACAUAGCCCUGUUUGAGAUUCUGAACGAACACCUGCACGACCGGUACGGCGGCGAGCCCCCCCACCUGGCUAUCAUCGGGGCAGGCAUGGUGUCCAGCGUGUUCGCGCAGUUUGUCUCCUACCCGCUGGCGCUCGUGCGCACGCGGCUGCAGGCGCAGGGCGUCGGCGGCAACCCCAUAAAGUACAGCGGCAUGCUGGACGUCUUCUCGCAGACGAUGAGGAACGAGGGCGUCAGGGGGCUGUACAAGGCGCGCGGGCGCAUCAGCUGGUACGUCUUUGAGCAGACCAAGCUGGCGCUGGGGGUCAAUCCCGGGAGCUAG